AUGUCAACGGCAGUCUCCCCCUCGCAGGCAUCCGCCGUCCUCACCUCCUUCACCAACUUCCUCACCGUCGCCCUCCACACCCUCCUGCGGCAGCGAGCCCUCUAUCCGCCCGCGACGUUCCUCCUCGCUCGCGCCUACAACCUACCCGUUUACCAGUCUCGUCACCCUGGCGUGUGCGCCUGGAUCGAUGAUGCCGUCGACGCCGCCGCCGCCCAACUUCGCUCCGGUGCCGUUCGAACCGUCGCCCUCGUCGUUCACGCGCCGAGUGCCUUCGCCGUCGUCGAGCGCUGGGUCUUCGACCUCGCCGGCGCUCUCCCCGCUCACGGCCUCGCCGUCGACGAACGGCGGAACGAAAAGGCCAAGCAAAUCGAUCACUCCGAUCUAGACGAUGGUGCCGUGAAUUGGGCCGAUGUCAACGAAGCCUUCCGUGGGGCCCUGGCCCGUCUCUCGUAUGCUGCCGAGUCGAUGCCGCUGCCGCCUGAGGAGAGCACCUUCACCCUCGUGAUCGAGCUUUGCGACGAUGCCCUCCCUCCUAUAGAGCACCCCCAACGCUGGAUCGCCUCGGAGCCAAACCUGCAACCGCCCACGCCGUCCAACCCGACCGUAGGCUCUGCCCUCGGGGGGGCUUCCACGACGCCUCUGCGCUCCGUACAAGCAGGUCCGCUGUUUUUCGAGUGCUGGUACGAAAAGGGCAAGCCGCUGUCGGCAUCGCCUCCAUACGAAUCCCCGGAUAUGCAGGGCAGCGCCGUGCCGUCUGAUACGCAGACGCAGUCCUCGUGA